AUUGGACGUUGAGCCCAUAUGCGGAAGUAGUCUCCUUUAGAUCCUUUCACUCGCACUGACACGCAUUCAAAGGCGAGCCGAGUAUCUGUUCGUUCUCCCUUCUCUCCCUUCUCCUAGACGUGCUGCUUGACACUUUAGAAGCCAGGGUGGCUGGUUUAUGAUCGGCCGUUUGGUGAAUAUCGUCGCGCAGAGGGUACCGAGUUUGUUGUACCGGGUUGGUACGAUGAAGAAGCCGCAGGUUAUGUUCGUGCUGGGCGGGCCUGGCGCCGGCAAAGGGACCCAAUGCGCCAAAAUCGUUGAGAACUACAACUACACCCAUCUGUCAGCUGGAGACCUGCUGAGGGCAGAACGGGCCAGAGAGGGAUCGGAGUUUGGAGCGCUUAUUGCCAACUUUAUCAAGGAUGGCAAAAUUGUCCCUGUGGAGAUCACUAUUAACUUAAUUAGAAUGGCAAUGGAAGAGACUAUGAAAAAAGAUGGACAAAAGUUUCGCUUCCUCAUAGAUGGCUUCCCCCGCAACGAGGACAACCUUCAGGGUUGGACCAAAGUCAUGGAUGGAAAAGCAGAUGUCAAGUUUGUGCUUUUCUUUGACUGCAGCAAUGAGGUUUGCAUCAAGAGAUGUUUAGAACGAGGAAAAAGUAGCGGACGUACAGAUGACAACAGAGAAAGCUUGGAGAAACGAAUCCAAACGUAUCUACAGUCGACGCGACCGAUCAUCGAGUUGUAUGAGAAGCAAGGCAAAGUACGCUGUGUGGAUGCCUCUCACUCUGUAGAUGAGGUCUUUGCUGACGUGAAACUCAUCUUAGACAAAGAGGGUUGACUUCUUUCUCCUCAGCUGACAAGCAGCACUCAUUUUUACCCUUCUUAGUUUUUCUUUCUAGCACCUGCCAAUUCAUCAUGAGAACCGUAAUAUUUAUAUAUGUCCAUUCAUGACUUGAUACCUUCGGUUACCUUCUGGUGGUCUUUCUCUUAAAAAUCUGCACUGUUUUGUUUUGAUUAUUUUUUCCAUUGUGUACAAUGUUUAGGGUAGGAUUUAAUAAUGAAAAGCUCACAUGGAGUGACACUGGCCCAUCUGCAUUGUCUUCCAUAGUUUGGAGAACUGCCUAUAGGGACAAAAUGUACUGUUACCAACGAGCAGAUGUGCUUUGCUUCAUAAACGCUGCCAUGCUUUCCAGACCAAAUCAUCACAAAAUAUCUCAAACAAGAAGUCUGAUAGCUGGAAUCCUUUGCAAUUAAAAAGCGUCAUUAUCCUGCCUUAGAUGAUCACGACCAUGCUGCCAAGACCACGGCCGGACAGGCCUGACCAAAGUAGGGCUUUUCAUGCUGACUGGUGUACUUUGAAGUUCUGUGAACUGCCACUCCAAGGAGUAUUUGCAAUGAUCACCACCACUCAAUGCGCUUCAUCAUGCUCGCACUUCCUGAGAUCAUACAAGUUUGUCUGUAUCUGCAGAAGAUAAAACAAUUAUGAAAACAUGA